UAUUUUCAGUGAUUAGUUUUUGAAUUACAACCAUAAAAAAAAAUCGAUUUGGUCGAAAACUGGUUUUGCGUAAAAAUUGCCGUUUUUCCGUCAUUUUUUUUUUGUUUUUCUCGAUUUUUUUGAAAACUGUUGGAAAAUGUUAACUUUUUACCUCUAUAAUGCACCAAGGAUAUUCACUUUUACAUCGGAAACCAUCCCCAUAGUUUGAAAUUGGAGCAUUAUUUCGACUAGUUAUGCUGUACACAGACACAAAAACAAAAAAAAAAAAAAAAACACACACAUCAUUGUUAAAUCAAUACAUUCAUCACUUCGUUCAGAAUCUAAAAACAGCAUUGACGAUAAUUUUAAUUACGAAAAUGAGUAAAAAAACAGUGGAAAAGGUACUUCUAAAAAUAAGUAUAAAAUAAUAUCGAUUUAAUUAUUGAACCAUUUAAAAUUUGAAUUGCCGCCCGUGGACAUUUCAAAUUUCAAUACUACACACCAAGUUCAUGACUAGCUCACGCGCCAUCUAGUGGUCCGAUUCUUCCAAUUUUUAUUUCGCGGCGGACAAACAACGCCGGCGCAACUGCGCAAGUGUGUUUAUAUUGAUAUAUUCACUUAUGCCUUAUCCCGCUGACCACACGGUCGUUUACUAUCACGUCGUUCUCGCUGUACGUCUGCGUCUGUACAUGUAAGCUAUAGUAGUGGACAUCUUGCUGUCUUACACGUUUACGUUUUGCAUUUGUAUUUGACAAUCGUUAUCAAUAUUCGUUAGUAGCGAUUCGUUACUUUUCACAUUUUAUUUCGAGAGUUGACGUCAAAGAGCUUUCCUGCACAGAAUGGAAAAUCAAAUGGAAAUGCUAUCAAUCUCCACGAGUCCGUCUUAUAACGAAGAACCUGGUACAAGAUCAAAUAAUAAAAAUGAUGAAAAUGAUGAGCAAAGAAGUAUAGAUAAAUCAAGAGAUGUUAACCAAAGAGCUGCUUGGAAUAUGUUAAGUACAAAAAUUUGCUACUUAGUAUCUAUAACCAAUAGUAUUAAUAUUGGAAUUGUAAAAGAAAAGUUACUACGACAAAAUAUGAUAAGAGGUAAACAUUUGUUUUGCCAUUUUAUUUUACAAGCACAACUAACCUCAUCCCAAAAAACACAUGUUUAUGCAACUUUAGUUGCUGUCAUAAACCUUGAGCUUCCAGAGAUAGGAGAAUUAGUCUUAAACAGGUUCAUUAUGAAAUUUAAAAGUGCCUAUUUUGAAGAAAAUUAUGCUGCUUGGUUUUCAUGUUUGAUAUUCAUAGGACAUUUGAUUAAUCAUAGUGUUGCUGAUGAAAUGUUGGGUGUAGAACUAUUAACACUUAUCUUUGAACAACAGACUACAUUUUCUUUUGAAAUAAUGCGUGUGGCUAUUCAAUUUUUGGAAAUAUGUGGUAAAAAUAUUAGCUAUGUUUUUCAGAAGUGGUUGACUGAAAUAUUGGAUAAAAUUCACAAUUUUGUGAAUGAUAAACAAAUUGAUAUAGAGGAUCGCAAAUGUUUAAAUUUGAGACUAUCAAAAUUACUUAACAAUCAAUUCAACCCCAAAUAUCUAGAUUUAGUACCACCUUAUGCCUGUCAAACCACUCAUUUUUCAACUUUAGACUCGGUUGAAAAUAAUGAAUCAUAUACUAUAGGUUACCGCUAUGAUCCAGAGUAUGAAUCAAAUGAAAAAAAGUACAUAUUAGAAUUACAAAAAUACGAUGAUGAAGAAGAAAGUGUUGACUAUUACUGAUUUUAAUAAUUAUGAUGGUGAAAAAAAUAUUUGAUCAAAAUGAUAAAACAGAUAAAUAAGAUAGAUAACCCCAUGGAUUUGUUAUCGCUAAGAAACACAUGUAUAAGAAUGGUUAUAAACAGAAAAUUAAUCAAUGUUUGUGAUCAUGAAGAAUUUGUGCAGAAAUUGGUAAAUCCGAGUCAAGAAUUGGACUUUGAUUAAGUGAAAAAAAUUUCAUCAACAUUCAAAAAAACCAAGAAUUCCUAACCUCUGUGAUAAAACCUAGACACUUCAAGAUAUGAUGGAAAUUCUUUAUAUUCACAACUACAUAACUAGCUACAGUUUUGAUGUAUUUAAAGCAUAUGCAGAGGCAGAUUUUUUGCUCAUUUAAUUUAUUGAACUUGGUGUUAUAUGACACAGAUUCUUAACAAUAAUUUUCAAUGAAUCCAUUUCUCCUAACUAAAUCUAUAUUGGCAUUUUGAAACAAUAUCUAAAAAAAGAUAUCAUACAAAAUAUUUUAAGUUCCAACUCGCAUCAAUUUUCAUCUUCAAUGAAUAUUAUGAACUAUUUACCAUUCUUAUAUUAUGAUGGACAUUUAUUUUAUGUUAUCUAAAUCAUUUAUUAAAAAUAUUUUUUAAUCAUCAUUGUACUUAAAAUUAUGU